GAAAGGGCGUGAAGGGAGCAGGACCGGGACCGAGAGACAGAAAGGGAAAGGAAAGCCGGGGGCCCGGAGGUGAAGAAUGAUUUGGAGAAAUAGAGAGGGAAGGACAGAGCGAAAAAGAAACAGCUCAACAAAAACUGGACACAACAUUCGAAGUACACUCCCACCAAAGUCUUGAACAACUGCAAUGGAACAUCUCAACUGCCCAGACUGAUGAAUGCAAACACCUCUUCACCAGCCUGUUGACUGUUGAACCCUGAUGCUACGUUUAGGGGCGUGUAUGAUGAGAAGAGGAAAAAGUAAGGUGAGCGAAGAGGGGACAGGAGGUCUGGUCGGGGGGAUGCGUGUGGCCCAGGGUCUCCUGAAUGGCCACGUGGACCUGGACGAGGGCUUGGUCUUGGCCUUUAUCGUGCUGCUGUGCCUGCUGCUCUUAGUCAUGAUCGUCCGCUGUGCCCGGAUGGUAAUCGACCCAUACAGCGCCAUCCCCACCUCCACUUGGCAGGAGGAGCAGAUCAACAACUGACCCUCCGUGGGGGAGGUGGGGGAUGUAUUCUCAGACCUUUGGCCUGGACGUCUCCUCCCCCCAUCCCCCCCGAGCUGCACUCCCACAGUCGGGCCGGCGCUGAUGGAACUGGAUUGCAGGAGGGUUUCCAAUUGAUGUACGUGGCCCCUCUCUCUCAUCCCGUCCAUCUCCAUCCCCUCCACCCCCCUCCUCAUGGAAACAAGCUCUUUGGCCGAACCCGUCCAAGGUGUCCAUCCAAGCCAGUCCCAUUUGUUCAUGCUUGGCCCACAUCCAAAACCUUUCCUGUCCGUAUCCCUCUAAACCUUUCCUAUCCGUGUACCUGUCCGUAUCCCUCUAAACCUUUCCUAUCCAUGUACUUGUCCGUAUCCCUCUAAACCAUUCCUAUCCGUGUACCUGUCCGUAUCCCUCUAAACCUUUCCUAUCCGUGUACCUGUCCGUAUCCCUCUAAACCUUUCCUAUCCAUGUACUUGUCCGUAUCCCUCUAAACCAUUCCUAUCCGUGUACCUGUCCGUAUCCCUCUAAACCUUUCCUAUCCGUGUACCUGUCCGUAUCCCUCUAAACCUUUCCUAUCCGUGUACCUGUCCGUAUCCCUCUAAACCUUUCCUAUCCGUGUACCUGUCCGUAUCCCUCUAAACCUUUCCUAUCCGUGUACCUGUCCGUUCCACAUUCCAACCACCCUUUGAGUAAAGAAGUUGCACAAGUCCCCGUUCAAACUUUACCCUCUCAAACCUGCUCCCUCUGGUCUGAUGCGCCCCUACCCUGUGGAAACGACUGUGACCACACACCUUAUCUGUACCCAUUAUCAUUGUACGACCUUCUAUAACAUCACCCUUCGACCUCCUUCGCCCCACGGGGAACUAUCCCAGCCUGUCCAGUCUCUCCAUGUAACUCAGUCCCCCCAGUCCCGGUUACAUCCUCGUGAAUCUUUUCUCCCCCUCUCCAGGAAUGACAUCCUUCCUGCAGCUGGGUGACCAGAACUGCACACGGAACUCUGAGUGCGGUCUCACUAAUGGCUUGUGCAACUUUAAUGUGAUUCCAGAUUCCUGUACUCACUCCUGAGUUCUGCAGUGUCCCCCUGACACCUCUCUGCAACUCUCUCCAUCUCCCCCCCCCAACCCAAGGUAACCUCUCACCCCCUCCUUGUUUGAAAAUUGACACCUUCAAAACUUCGAAGGGACUCUGCCCUCACUGCGCUUUGAGAGUUGCUCAAGAGCGGAAACCUCACCUUGUACUCCCUUAGUUUGGAAGCAGUCCCCAUUUCUAGUUUCUCCCUGGGGGGAAGCACCCCUCUCCACCACCCCUUCAGGGUCUUCAAUAUUUCAAUCCCCGCCCCCCGAAAUACACGUUGAAAUUGUGUAUUUUUAAAUAAAGUG